CAGCAGUAGCAACAAGAGCUGGAAAAAGAGGCGGACAACUGGACCGCACAAUGAUAAUUAGCACACCUCCAGUGUAGGAUUUAGCCACAGAGGACAGUUGUUAGUGAACUUGUAACUAACACAGGCCCUCAGCCGACUAAAACAACCUGUCUUCGGUGUAUUGUGAAGCCGUGAGAGAUCAGAAAAAACCCCAAAGAGCGAGGAUGUUGGUCCCCGCGGGAAGAUAAUGAAGAGGCUGCGCGUUUUGUUGGUGUGCCUCAUUGUAGCUCUCCUGUGCUGGUACCCCAGUCAACAUGUGUUUUGUUCAGAGCAGAGCUUGUCUGGUCCAGGUCAGUCUGCCGGAGACAAAAACCCUGACGGCCACAAGCCAGAUCUGGAGCAGGACACUACACAAUUCAAGGUGGUGGAAGAAUGGAUGACACACUCAUCCUACGAUAUGGGACUAGAGACAGAGAGAGCAGCACAAGAGAAGCUAGCAACACACAAUGAACACCAAGAACAGACUGUGAAUUCAUGGGAAGCUGAGGUGGAGGAGACGAAGCCCAACCCAGAGUCUGAUAAUGUACCUGUUGCUCCUGAGCCACAACCCUCCCCAGACCUCCAGGUUGAUUUGGACCUGCAGACUGACACCCAUGACCAGGACCAUGACCAUGACCAGGAAGCACUGGUUUCCUCCACUCCAGAACCAGUUCCAGCACAGGGCCAAGUGUCCACAGAUGCCCCAGCCCCAGCAGAAGUCCUUAGUGAUACACCUGCUGCACCUGCUCCCAGCCCGGACUCAAACCCAGCCACAUCCCCAGAUGAAGCUGAAAACACACCUACCUCACAGAGUGCCAGCCUGACCCACACAGGUGCAGUGCGGGUUGCCAGUGCAGGAGAUGAACUCCCAGUAGACAGCUUUAUCUUUGCUGAGCACUCUCACUCACAGUGCGGGAUCAUUCCCCCCGAACUGGCAACCUGUGAAAACUCCCCUUUUGGCAGCCCUCUCCACAGUGUGGAUGAGGCUGGCAUAGAGGACCAGCAGUCAGACCAGAGCCAGAGUUCUGGUCCUGAAGCAGAGGUCCAGUCCACUUCUGUCCAUGUGGACAAGGAACAACAACAACAACAACAACAAUUACAGCAGCAGCAGAAGGAGCUGGAUGGUGGGCUUUCUGAUGUGGACACCUCCCACCAGCGAGAACAGAAGCCAGGGGACGCCAGUACCGCCGUGGAGACUGAUCCCUCAGUGCCCAGCAAAGAGGACAUCCCUACCUUUGAUGAGUGGAAGAAACAAGUCAUGGAGGUGGAGAAGGAGAAAAGUCAGUCUCUCCAUACCUCAACCAACGGCAGCCCCCAUCCGGUGAAGAAGGUCCAGAAAAACUUCAAGAAUAAUUAUGCCUCUGUGGAGUGUGGUGCCAAGAUACUGUCUGCCAACAAUGAGGCCAAGAGCACUUCAGCUAUUCUCAUGGAGAAUAUGGAUCUUUAUAUGCUGAAUCCUUGCAGCAACAAAAUAUGGUUUGUGAUAGAGCUCUGUGAGCCUAUUCAAGUCAAGCAGCUGGACAUCGCUAACUUUGAACUCUUCUCAUCUACACCUAAAGACUUUUUAGUUUCCAUCAGUGACAGAUAUCCUACCAACAAAUGGGUAAAGCUGGGUACGUUCCACGCCCGCGAUGAGCGCAUUGUUCAGAGCUUCCCACUGGACGAGCAGCUUUAUGCUAAAUAUGUGAAGAUGUUCAUCAAGUACAUAAAGGUUGAGCUCCUCUCGCACUUUGGAUCAGAGCACUUCUGUCCCCUCAGUCUCAUCAGGGUGUUUGGUACCAGCAUGGUGGAGGAAUAUGAGGAGAUAGCAGAUUCCCAGUACCCAUCUGAGAGACUGGAGUACUUGGAUGAAGACUAUGACUAUCCUCCUGGCUACCAACCAUCAGAGGACAAGGCCUCUAAAAACCUGCUUGGCUCAGCAACCAAUGCCAUCUUAAACAUGGUUAACAACAUUGCUGCUAAUGUGCUGGGAGGCAAAUCAGAGGGCGGAGCAGACGCAGGAGGUAUUCUUAUCACAUCCUGUUUCACCUUUCAUGUUCACAACUUCCUCUUUUUAAAUGACCAUUUUGAUGAUUUUUCCGGAAAAUCCUCUCCUGUCAUUCUAAUGUGGAAAAGACAGAAGUCUGACACAGAAAUGAUGACAAAUGCAAAUAUGACAGCUGUCUCCAAAGCUCAGUUUUUCUUUGUUUCUAGCUGUUUGUGUAAGAAGACCAGCUGUAAAGCUUGUAUAUGUAAUAUAACAGCAGAUGUCCAGGUUGAGAAGGAGGGGAGCACAGAAGUCACACCUAAAGAAACUCCUCACAGCUCCACAGUAUCGGAACCUGCAGAGCCAGAACCUACGUCCCAGGAAGACUCUAAUAUUUCCAGGGACACUCCUGCACCCUCCCCCUCAGCACCUGAGCCAGAGGACAGACAGAUUGUCACUCUGGUAGAGGAGGAGGAGGAUGAAGAGCCCAGACAGUCGACUGUCACCCUGAUGGAGGAGGAUGGAGAGGAGGAGGAAGAGAAGAGAGAGGAGGAGACAAGGAGGGAGGCAGACAGGAACCAGUGGGACAGCCAGGCAUACUGUCCUUUCUCCUCCUUCUCUUCUCUGUCUUUGUCCUGCAUGGCCACCCUGCCUGAGCUUCUUCAUCGCUGGUGCUCCGCCAGGCUGGCCAAAGAGAGACUCCGCAGCCUUAGGCGGAGACAGCUGAGCUCGCAAACACAGACACCCCCUGUUGCAAACACCCCCGCCCUCACACACACACCUCCACAGAUCCCUGUCCCUGUUCCCACACCUCUACAAGAAUCCCUCCCCCUCACAGAAAAAGCUCCAGAUCCUGAGGUGCCUCUUAAGGGCCAAAGUGAGGCUAAACUUGUGGAUGAGGCGCACACCGCACACACACAUUUCACACCUGACGCACACACUCAAGAGCUCAACAUCCUACUAGAGCCUAGUAGAACUUCCACAAUCCCCCCUCACAGUUUCUCAGACUCCCACAGUUCCCUAACACGCCCUACCCCCACCCAUGAGGAGAAGCUGUUACCUCCUAUUAAAGACGCAGCCCUGGACCCUCUCCUCACUCCACUCCCUCAAGCCAUCUCUGUCCCAGAGACACAGCAGGCCAGUAGUGCCACACCCACCCUUACUGUCGGCUUUCCCUCACAGUCUCUAACCUCUGAGCCAGCCUCUCCAGGUGUUGUGCUUCCCCCUGUCAAGGAGCAGCCUGUUCAGCCUCUUCCCACUGUGUCGAGACCUGAAGACCUUAUCCCCCCUCCCACCGAGCUGCCAGCAGCUCUCCCUCUGACUGACGCUCACACAGACACAGUUAAAUCAGGCGCAGACAGCGGGGACUCACAGAGACACACUGUCGUGGCUUCUCAGACUCAGGGGGAGCAGGGGGACUCACUCACUCUGACUGGAGAGCCCCAUCGCAUGGAGGACACGGUGGACGAAGACCUGUUAAGCACUAAUGGGAAUGGGCACAUCCACCGAACAGCUACAGACUUCUAUGCAGAGCUGCAGAAUGGGGGAGAUUAUAAUGGUGGGGCAAUGAACGGGAACAGCGUGUUAUUGAAUGGUGGAGCAGUGCACGGCUCCAGCCAGAAGGAGAGUGUGUUCAUGAGGCUGAACAACAGGAUCAAAGCUCUGGAGAUGAACAUGAGCCUGUCCAGCAGAUACCUGGAGGAGCUCAGCCAGAGAUACCGUAAACAGAUGGAGGAGAUGCAAAGAGCAUUCAAUAAGACCAUCAUCAAACUGCAGAACACCUCCCGCAUUGCUGAGGAGCAGGACCAGAAGCAGACCGACUCCAUCCAGGUUCUGCAGAGCCAGCUGGAGAACGUCACUAAACUGAUGCUCAAUCUCACUGUUACAGUGGGCCAGCUGCAGAGAGAGGUAUCUGACCGUCAGAGCUACCUGGUGGUCUCGCUGGUUCUGUGUCUCUCUCUCGGCCUCAUGCUGUGUCUGCAGUGCUGCCGCAGUUCCUCUCCCAACCCCACCACCAACUCCACUGCCCUUCCCAAGAGCCACCACUACCCCAGCCCCAAGAGAUGCUUCUCUUCCUAUGAUGAUAUGAGCCUAAAGCGCAGGGUGACCUGUCCGCUUGUUCGCUCCAAGUCGUUCCACCUGUCCUCUACAGAAGUAGGUCCAGAUGACUUGUACAUUGUAGAACCUCUAAGGUUUUCUCCAGAGAAAAAGAAAAAGCGCUGCAAAACAAAAUCAUUGGACAAGGUUGAGACUGUGAAGGCAUCUGAUCCAUCUGCUCCGCUGACCAACGGGGGAAUCAAGUGCAACGGCUUCCACCCAUGCCUCCCUGCCCUACCCUCACCCCCUCCUCCUCCUCCUCCACCCCCUCCUCCUCCUACACCACCCCCGCUGCCUCUCCCUCCAUCUGUAGAGGAGGUGCCAUCGUUGCCCACGUGCACCUCCAAGGAGCUUCCCUCAGAGACCAGCAGCUGCAGCUCAUCCACCCACUCUGAGGAGUCCUAUACAAGCCGCCUCCCCCCUCCCUCUCCCAUCUUCCCCUCCGCCGGCCUGUGCAACGGCCACGCCCUGGCGUUCCCCCUCCAGCAGCCUCCCGUCAAGUCCCGUCAGGAGAAGCGCUCUGUGAAGCGGCGUAAGUCGCGGCAGACGGAGCUGCAAUUCCCCCACAUGCCAGGAGGGAGCGUUGCUUCUCUGCCCAGUCUGCAGCAGCUUAUGAAGGGAAACAAGGAGAUAAGUGUCGGGACCAUCGGGGUGACAGCCGUCACCGGACAUGUCUGAGUUCUCACACAUAUCAGUGUGUUCACUCUUUAAGAAGUUCACUUCUACACGACUUUCUUUACACAACCAUUCACACACACUAUAUGGUAGCAGACCCUAUUUGCGUAGUGAGGAGAUGAGGUUACUGCAUCCCAAAGAACCACAUUUCCCAUGAGCACCCAGGCGCACCGUGGAACUGAAGUAGCUAUGGCAGCAGUAGCUCAGUCCUUAUCCACUCCUGUCAAAGACCUGUUUACGGUUAUGUGCCUUUAUAUCUGUUCUAGACCUUUUAAUGCUAAAAAGAAACAUGAAAUUGAAAAGAAUUGUUGAUGUUGUUGUGUGUGGACAGAGGGAGACCCUGUGGUGGGGAGUGAAACAUUAAUACAAAUCAAAUCCAUGUUUUUUCUACUGGAUAAGCACAUUGUCCCAUGACAGUUGAGCACCAGUAAGCUUUUGUUCCCCCACUCUGAGCACAGUUAGGAGAGGUGCUGGCCUCAAAUCUACGUUCCUUCACUUUCAAGGGCAUCAAGAAGUAUUAGGCUGCUCUUUUGGAUGAAAUGUGUCAUAAUGAGAGAAUUGUGGAGCAUGACAAACUACUUCUCAUCUCUUUUAUUUCUGUCUUCCAUUGCCAUCAAUUUCAUCCAUUCUGUCUGGUAUUGCAUCCUAAUAUGACUGCUGGGACCAGAGCGUUUCACGUACACACCAUGUACACUUUCUCUAUUUCUCUCCCUCUGUCUCAGUCCGUGUACUCCAAACCAAUCGUCAGAGCUGAAUGAAGAAAAUCAUUUUUGCAUGAAGUGAAACUGUCUGAAUGUGUUAGUCCUUUCAGUUUAGAGUUCCACUAAACCUCCUGUUAUAAAUACAACAGCAGCAGCCUUGAGAUCCUGAGACAGCUGUUACUCAGCUUGGGCUGGGCCCAAAAACGCAUGUACAUACACACACACACACUCGCCAUUUGAAGAGAAAUUGUGCUGUUUAUUGUAGAUAUUGUAACAAUUCAAUAUAACACAGAUUUUAACAGGAUAGAGGCAAGCCAUAGAUUUUGAGAAUAUGUUGAGAGUAUCAUGUAGGAGCACAUUAGAUAGCAAAGCUGAAUGUUUACACUCAUCACACACUCACACUCACUCACACACCCUACUGGGACCCUGCAGUAGAGUCUGAAAGACCAGUUUUAUUUAUCUAUUUAUUUAUUUAAAUGUCGAAAGAAUUUUCUAACCUAGGCACUGGCUUCCCAGGCUCCUAACCCUGCAGUAUCACAGUAGUGUAUUAAUGUUACAUAGAAGUAUUGCAGUAAAGACACUCAACGGUACUGACAUAUGUCACAUUUGUUUAUGUAUAGCUUAUAAUAUAUCUAAUAGAAGUAUGGCAUGUCCUACAGCAGCAUAUACUGUACAUCCAUCAAGAUAACUGAGUAUUGAUACAGAUUUAUUAGGAUCUUCAAACUGCUGCUGUUGUGUAUGUUCAGAGCUGCUGGGUGUUUGGAAGAAGUGAAAGUUGAAAGUGAAAGUGUUUUUAUUGUCCUCUCUUCUGUCUUCUGUGUGCUUGUUUCAGCAUUUUCAUUUUCUGGCUAACUGACUGAUUUUAAGUCACCCUGUUAAUGAGUUCAUGACUGAAAUCCAGUUUAAUAUUAAAAUGCUGUCAGGACUAUCAGAUGUGAAAAAGGGUUAUACUUUGUUUUUAGAUAAUAAAAUCCAACGUUUGUUUUUCUUAGUGUCUGAAAUUUCUGACUGGCUCUGUGUGGUUGGACUUGGAUACAUUUUCACAGAGACGGAGAAAUCUCUUCUAACUCAUCUCUCUCUCUCGUUCUUUCGUCAACUCUUCUGACCAGCUUCUACAGCCUUUACAUUUUCCUCAUCCACUAGAAGGGGGAGGGGUCACCUCCGACCCUCCACCAUUGCACGACUUUCUCUGUGACUGUGAAGAACAAUUUUUUUUAAUAUGCCUGCUUUUAUUAACCACUCUACGUUCUCACCCAGAGCUCAAAAUGCUCCGUCAGUCUCUACACGCCUGCUUUACUGACCUUUUCCGUGCAUCCUCACUCUCAUUGUGUGCCCACUCAGUCUUUUAUUCACUUGUCAUUGCUCUUUGACUGUGUGUGCGUUUACCCCCCCCCACGCUGAAUGAUAGUCGUGGUUUGUGAGGAGAGGGAUGUGAAUUGUUGAAUAAAGGGAACGCAGCAAAGAUGGGUAUGAUUUGGAACACUAUUCAUGUGAUUCUUUAUGUUCCACAAGCUGAGCAAAUCAUGAGGUUUUUUGUUUUACCCUAUUUUGAAUGUGUAUGAUGUUAUGUGUGUGUAUGUGUGUGUGUAUGCGCGUGCGUGUGUGUUAACCUGUAUUCAUGUGAGGAUUUAUUGUGUUGAUCUCAUGUAUGUGUACGUCUGUGUUAUGAGAAAGACUACUCUGACUCUACUUAUCCCGUAACACAGCGACUAGGGAGAACGCCCUCGGAGAGAAAUUCUAGGAGCUUGGUGUGCACUUUGUAUGACUCCUCAUGCCUUUUUUUUUUUUUGUUUUUCUACCUUCUAUGUCAAGUGCUAUCUUUUAUUUUUUUUCUCUCCCUCUCUCCCUCUCUUUCUCUCUGUGAAUACUCUGAAGAGCUGCACAGUAUUUUUGAGCAGGAGUGAGUUACUACAAAAACUGUAGUGCCAUUAGAAACUGUGAAUUUCUAAAUAAAACCUUUUUUGUCGUC